AUGUCGCUAUUGUUAGGGCUGAGAAGGGUUUCCCAAUCCUUCAACACUUCAAUAUGCCGUCGUUCCUUUGCCCAUUGUCACUUCACUACUCAAUCUCCCACGGGCCGAAUCUUGUUCUUAGCCAAUCUGUCUCAGCGGGAGCAAUACUUCUACUCCGCAGAAAUCAAAGAGGGUGGAACCCUACCCCCAAUCUCUGUUCAAAUAUUUGAAGAGGACAGGUUCCAAUUCUGUAAUGGCUUGUUAUACACUCACGGGAUCGGUCAAAACUGCAUGAUUGGUGACGGUGGUAAAAACUACAUCAUUAGUCCCGACACCGGAGAGGUCUCCCCUCUUCCUUAUGAACUUCGGCAAUGGCGGAUUGGGGAUGGGUUCGAUCAAUACUUUGGGUUCGAUCCUUCGUCCAACAAGCAUAAGGUUCUCAUUGUUCAUUAUGAUAUGUGGCUUUUCAGGAUUUUUACUCUAGGCAGUGGCGGAUCGUGGAGAACGAUACACACGUUUCUAUCUAAAGAAAAAAUUAAUCAUCCAUGGCCUCGCAAUGUUGUGUAUGCUAAUGGCACAAUUCAUUGGUUUUAUUUUGGUUCUGAAUAUGUGGUGGAUCAUCCUGAUGUUGAGAUAUAUUAUCGUAUUCGUGGGCGUGGCAGAAAUGAUCUACACCAGAAAUGUAUAGUAUGUUUUGAUAUGGCGGAUGAGCAAUUUACAAGGAUUCAUUUCCCUGAUGAUGAUUCGUUCCCUCAAUAUCUAACUGAAUUUGGUGGACGUUUGGCUUUGUUGGAAGAGUUUGUAUUGCGGAACAGGAAGAUGUUGGGGUACAAUGUGCUGGACGUGGAAUAUGAUAAAUUGCAGUAUUGGGUAUUGGAAGUCUACAAGUGGGUUAAGGAAACAAUUCAUUUGCCUUUUGGUUGGAUGAGACAUAAUAACGUUGUUGCCUUCAACAAUAACACCGGCGAGAUGUUGCUAACAUCGGCAAAUCGACGUCGGAAUCCAGUUAACGUUAAAUCCUUACUAUAUUAUAAUACCAAGACAGGAUUUUUUCGGAGGCCCCAACUCACCGGUGAAAUCACCGAAUUCCUUGAAAUUCCCCAAAAGGACGGAGACAAAUGUAAUGAGAUGGAUGUUUUGCGGACAUGGAAGGAAGAGAUACAGUAUGCCUACUCAGGAAAAUCCAGGUUUCUUGAAGAAAUAGAGCCAUGA